AUAACACCACCAAAUAUUAUAAUUCCAUAUGAAGUGAUUGCUUCCUAAUCAAGUGAAGAUUCACAUCUUACAUUCAAUCAUUCACCCAUUUUUAAACUCAUCUUACAUUCAGUCAUUCACCCAUUUUUAAACUCAAAAAUUUCACAACUUUUUCAAUUAUCAAAACCAUCAAUUCUUUUCCAUUUUUUUUUUAAUUUUUUCACACAUUUCCCACCUUCACCAUUAAACAUAACACCAAAAAAUAAAUUCAUUUCCUCUUCAAAUCUCAAAAAAAAUACUCAAAACUCUAAAAUUCUCUCUUCUCCAUCAACAAUGGCGGGUGGACUUCACUCCUCUCUAAGACCACCAUCUUCAUCUUCUUCGUCAAACAAUUCAUUCACUUAUAGAAUCCUCCUCCUUCUUACUCUUCUCCCUUUUACGCUUGCUGCCUUCGCCUUUGUUCUUCAAUGGCGUGGAGGUGUUACAGACCCUUCUACACGUUACUCUGCCGAAGAACACAGGUUUCCUGGAAUGGAUAGUUCUCCUCCUACUACAACUACAACUUCCAAGGUUAUGCGCUCUGAUUGUGGGCCCCUUUUAAGCCAUUUAUCGCCUUCUUUUCCUUAUUAUCGUGAUUGGAAGUUUCAUUAUCAAACCGAUCUUAAGCCUAAGAUUACAAUCACGACGAGUACCUCAGCAAGUUUGGAACAGAUUCUUCCAUGGAUGUUCUACCACAAGGUUAUCGGGGUCACUACAUUUUACCUUUUUGUGGAAGGGAAGGCUGCAACACCUAAAGUUACAAGGGUUUUGGAAUCUAUUCCUGGUGUUAAAGUUAUCUAUAGAACAAAAGAGUUAGAGGAUCAACAGGCUAGAAGCCGAAUUUGGAAUGAAACGUGGCUGGCAAGUUUCUUUUACAAGCCGUGCAAUUAUGAGUUAUUUGUGAAGCAGUCACUUAACAUGGAGAUGGCAAUUGUUAUGGCUAGGGAUGAUGGUGCAGAAUGGAUUCUUCAUCUUGAUACUGAUGAGCUAAUACACCCGGCUGGUACUCGGGAGUAUUCAUUGCGGCAACUUCUGCUUGAUGUUCCUGUGAAUGUGGAUAUGGUUGUUUUUCCCAACUAUGAAAGCAGUGUGGAACGUGAUGAUAUCCAAGAUCCUUUUAGUGAGGUAUCUAUGUUUAAAAAAAAUUAUGAUCAUCUCCCGAAGGAUACUUACUUUGGCAUGUACAAGGAAGCUACUCGUGGAAAUCCCAAUUACUUCUUGACCUAUGGUAAUGGGAAAUCGAUUGCUCGAGUACAGGAUCAUCUGCGUCCUAAUGGUGCCCACCGGUGGCACAACUAUAUGAAGACUCCUAAUGAAAUCAAAUUCGAAGAAGCCGCUGUUCUGCACUAUACAUAUUCAAAGUUUUCAGACUUGACUUCUAGACGUGAUCGAUGUGGAUGCAAGCCAACAAAAGAGGAUGUUAAGAGAUGCUUUAUGCUGGAAUUUGAUAGAGCAGCAUUCAUAAUUGCUUCAACUGCAACUGAGGAAGAAAUGAGGAAGUGGUAUCAAGAGCAUGUUGUAUGGGGAGACAAAGCACUUAACCUGAAACUUUUGAGGAAGGGCAUUUUAACUCGCAUAUAUGCUCCCAUGGUGAUUGUUCAGGGUUUAAGAGAAUCUGGUGUUUUCACUUCUAUUAUUGAAUCUGCUUCAACAUCUCUUUCAAAGGAUAAUUUCUUAUCUUCAAUCGUGAGUUCUAAUUCAACAAGACCUAAUGAUUUGGUCGCUUCCUCAAGGAAGAAGAAUAAAGCCAGAGAGUCUCAGGCAACUGUGAGGAAGGUUCUGCAGUUUACAGAUGCGGCUACUCAUGAAGCUGCUGUUCCACCAUUGCCAUCACCAGGUGUUAACGAUGAUGAUGUGCAGGAAUCAUGAUUGAUUUGACAUAUUCAUUUUACAGCUUCCUAUUCUUCUGCCCAUUAUGUUACCACAUGAUUGAAUGAUAAUUAGAAUGUUUGGUAUAGAGAAUGGGGUGAAGUAGGAGGGAAGAGGUUUUACCUUUAUGGUUUCUUCCCGAUCAUUGCCCAAGCGCUUUGUACACAUAGAGAGAGAGAAAAAAAGAGAGAGGGAGAGGGUGGUAGCAGAACAUUUUUUGGCCCGUUCAUUUCUAGUACCAGCCCUGUGCCUGAGUCUAGAAAUCGGGGUCGCGUAUUAUGUACAGAAACUGGUGGUCGAUAUGAUGAGAGGCGAUUGUUUCACUACUUAGAUAUACGUAGACGUAGUGUAGGCACCUUGUGAUACUCUAAUUCUUUGAAUGGAUCUUUUUUAUUUCAUUUCUACUGAUUUCUUUU